GUGACAUUUUCCGCUGAAGUACGUGACAGCAGUCCCUAAAAUCAAUGCGAUCGUGGCAAACCAUGUACCAAGAUGACGGACGAAGCAGAGUAUUCCCAAUUCUUGGCAUUACAUGGAGGCCAAUUGGAAGUUACUGGUAUUCCUGUUCAGUUUUGGAAAACUCUCCACGAGAAGUUGAAAAAUGAGACUUAUGAUGCUGGGUUGUUCUUUACCAUGGCUAAGGAUGAAGAAGGAAGUUUGAAAGUUUUUGUUACCAGUGAAGAAGGAAUAAAAGUGUCAGAUCCAAACUGUGUGUUUUUAAUUGAUCAUGCCUGGACAUACCAAGUAAACUAUGCACGUGCUCAGCUUAAAGUGGUACCUGGUCUUGCUGACAGAAUGGGCUCUUUAAUGGGAUUAACAAGUAUGAUAUACCAACUGUAAUUUUGAGACAAUGCUUUUAA